UCGAAAGAAAAGCUCAAUAUUCCAGAUGGUGCCACACGUCACUUCUCUGUCCUGGAUUGUUCGCACCAAGGUUCGCACUGAACACUGAACAUGCAUAUAUUGAUGACGGGGUGACGGGGUACAGGGCUUCAACGUUUACCGGCAACUGUAGCUCCGAACGAAUCUGUACCCUCAUUGAGUUUUUAUUCCGAAAACUGCAUUUAAUUUCAAGUAAAUAAUAGCAUAUUUCAAAAAAUAGUUCAUUCGUUCAUUCACGUUUGAUUCUUUUUUCGGUCGAAAGGACGUGAUUUUUCCCAACUCGAUUUACCGUAGUAAUUGUGCACAUAACCUAAAAGCUACGUGCACGAUUUUUAAAUGGGACAUUUCAAGACUAUCGUUGAAGAAAAUAUUCGGCUUGAAAUAUUAGCUAUAAUAUGGGUGCUCUAUCUGUGGACAUUGUAUUUGUCACUGCGUCAGAGGAAGUUGAUGCAAUCCCUGGAAGUUCCACCCAAAAGUUUGGAUGGCUUGAUGCCAUUAGACGUUUACCAAAAAGCUCGCAAUUAUUCUUUAGAUAAAAAUAUUUUUGGUGAAAUUUCCAAUCUAUUUUCGACUAUACUUAACACGGUAUUCAUACAUUUCUUUGCCUUCCACUAUUUUUGGCAAUGGGGCAGCUCAAUAGUGGACUAUUAUGGUAUAUCCAAGGAUAAUGAAAUUCUGAUUAGCGCCGCUUGCAUGUUUGUCAUGAAUUUGGUUACCAUGGUCACUGGUCUUCCUUUCAAGAUUUAUAGUGUUUUUGUUUUGGAACAAAAGUAUGGAUUCAACAAGCAGAGUCCUGGUUUCUUUGCUAAGGAUCAAGUAAAGAAAUUCAUUGUAAUGCAAGUUGUAACAUUUCCAAUUCUCUGUGGUAUUAUCUGGAUUGUGAAGAACAGCGGGGAUAAUUUUUUCAUCUACGUGUGGCUCUUCUCUGUGGUCAUAUCGCUAUUCAUGAUUGUACUUUAUCCGGAAGUGAUUGCUCCAUUGUUUGACAAGUAUUCUCCGUUGUCAGAGGGUGAAUUGAAAACUGCCAUUGAAGCUCUUGCGGCUUCGGUUGGUUUUCCACUGUACAAAUUGUACAUCGUUGAAGGCUCCAAGAGAUCGUCUCAUAGCAAUGCAUACAUGUACGGCUUUUACAAGAACAAAAGAAUCGUUUUAUAUGAUACUCUUGUCAAAGGUUAUUGCAAAUCUAAAGACGGUGAUAGCAAAGAAGAUAUGGGCUGUGAGGUUGACGAAGUUGUUGGUAUUUUGGCUCACGAACUUGGACACUGGAAAUACAGUCAUACUAUCAAAUUAUUUCUGCUUACACAGAUAAGUUUCUGUUUGAAUUUACUGCCGUUUUCUUUGUUGCUCGACUACAAACCGAUGUACGUUGCCUUCGGUUUUAUGGACAGCCAACCGGUUUUCAUUGGAUUGAUCAUCGUAAUGAUGUAUAUUUUGACCCCCGUGAAUGCAUUGAUGGGAUUCUUAAUGACCAUGAUUUCGCGAAGAUUCGAAUUCCAAGCUGAUCAAUUCGGCAAACAACUUGGUCAUGCUGAACCUCUGAAGCGCGCUUUAGUCAAAUUGCAUACAGACAAUUUGGCUUAUCCUCUCUUCGACACGUUGUACUCGAGCUGGCAUCACGAUCACCCACCUUUACUCGAACGUCUUGGCGCAUUGGACAAAACCGAGUAGACUCGAUUUUGUAUGUGUCGCUUUGCUGUAUUUCGUGAUACCAGCCAAGGCACGUUUCCAUACUCGAAGCCAAGUUCGAUUCCAGCAUUUCUCGUCGUUAGUACAAUCCACGAAUUCCGAAACCGCAGCUUUGAACAUAAGACUGUAAAUAGCGCCGGACGUACCGCCCAUUCGAUCUUCCGCUAUCCAGGAAAGUUCCAAUAGCAGCGAGGCGGGAUAACGGAAUUGAAGACCAUCAAGAGCCGACAAAAUACCUGUCGUCGGAAUGAAACGUAUUACUGCGUUUAUUUAUUUUCUAUUACGUGUAGGUCAUAAAUGUCCCUUAAUUUUGUCUACGUUGAUAAAGAACGAGAAAAAAAUGGUGUUUCUUUUGAGAA